AUGUCUUCUCCUGGUAUAUCUACCGCUCAACCGGCCACCCAUGAAGAUGCUGGCCGCUCUUCAUUUCCAAAAGGUGACUUGGAAUUAGUCCCCGUCGAGAAAAUUCUCUCUGAUCUACCGGGUACUUCUUCCUCCUUACCACCCCGCACGGAGACCGUUGACUCUGAAGAGCAACGAGACAUGUUCCUGGAAUUGCGAGACAUCAUUGAGAAGGCCCGUCAGGUCGACGAGGCUGGAAACAGCUUCGAUCUCAAGGAACUCCAUGCAUCUCUUGAAGAGGCGGAUGCAAACAUAAGACGUGGGCGCAGGGAUGCCGAAACCCUACAAAGCGUGAACCUUACUCUGCAAAAGCUCUGGGCUUGUAACUCCGAAUACUUGGUACAGGCUACUGAAAUCAUUGCGAAUGGCAGCAGAGAUCCUUCAUGGCGUGCCCCAAUUGGCCAGUCUGGUAUUUUGAAAUUCUUCUUGGAAGUGAUUUCUUUGAAGCAUGAAGUCGAUACCAGCUUGGUGCUUCACUCUCUGCGGGUUAUUGGGAACUCCUGUGCCGAUACAGAUGAGAACAGGGAGAUUGUUGUGAAUGGAAACUAUACCCUUGCUAUUAUUCGGUACUUCCUUGAUCCCGAUCUGGCGUUUGUUGCCAUUCCGGUCAUCUACAAUAUUUGCAUGGACUACGAGCCGGCACAUGCUCAGAUAGCCACCAAUCGGACGGCUUACAUUCUAUUGAAGCUGGUCAAAGAUGGCAAGAUUGGGGACAAUGAAGCUCUACUCAAUUUUGCAUACGAUCUGAUCGAACUAGCAUCGGAACAAGCGGAAGGCAUUGAUCAAUCUCCCGAUGGGACUAUUCUACUGUUGAUGGAACUUGCCGUUGAAAAGGGUAUAGACUUUGCGCAUUUCUCGUCAUUGGCAGUCUCCCUUGCUGCAUAUCUCGAAAAGGAGAAGUUCCAAAAAAUCUGCAUCUCAAAUGGGAUGGUGGAAGGCGUUCUAGAUGUCCUGGCCCGCUCAGUCUCAGUAGAGGUGGACCAGUCUUCCAGCGAAGAUGUCAAGGUUCUUGCUCAGCUGCGCCUCAAGAUUAACCAUGCUUUAGCAGAGGUCUCUGCCUCACCAUCGUUCGCUCAGCAAUACCCCCUUGAUUCUCCUCUUGCACAGAGGCUAAAGUCCUGGGUGGUUGCAACCGAGGACCAGCUUCAAAUCUGCGCCUGUGUCGUGCUUGGCAAUCUUGCCCGGUCCGACGAAGUCUGCCAGGUGUUGGUAGGGGAUUUGAAAAUUCACGAAGAAUUAAUUUCAGUUCUUCAGAGCGAUGCCCGUGGUGCGGUUCUGCACUCCUCACUUGGAUUCCUGAAGAACCUUGCCAUUGCCGGCGACAACAGAGUCGUCCUUGGAGAAGCUGGUAUCAUUCCCGCUAUCUCUCGGUUAUGGGCAUAUGAGUCGGUUCCGCAGGUUCAAUUCUCAGCCACGAGUAUCGCACGUCAAGUGAUCAUCUCCUCGAUGGAUAACAUUUCUCGUCUUCUCGCUCCUCUCUCACAAGACCCAGAUUCCCCAGCUCACCAGCGAACCUAUCUCUCCCUACUUCUAUCGCUAUUCGAGAAAACGGACGUUGCUCCAAUCAAAACUGAAAUCGGUCGAACUGUUGCUUCAAUCUGUCGGACUGUUAGCCCCAAGGCUCGUGAUGGACAAGGAGAAGCAGUUACCUUGCUUGACCGGCUCUUCACUCUGCAUGAGGGUGUGGCGCUGCCAGUUGGCGCAAUGAUCACACAGACUCAAUGGCCUGUCGUUCGCAGUGAAGGUUGGUUUGCUCUGGCUCUGAUGGCCACCAACAAACUGGGUUGCGCCGCCGUCAUGGAGUGCUUGCAUAAGACAGAGGUCCUCGAGUUACUUAAGUCAACACUCAGCGGGGCCACUUCUGAUCCGGGUCAAGCCGAGGAGACAGAAAAGGCCCAGGAGACCAAAGACCGCGACAACGUUAUUGUGCUUGUGCAAGGUCUGCUGACGAACGAGUCCGGUGUACUUCCUGUGGGAUACAGGGAUAUGUUAGAAGACCUGAUGAAGAUCCAGGCCUCACAGUUGAAAGCUAUUGCAGGUGCUUAG